AAGGGCUUAGACUCUUAAACCUCAGAAGGUCUGGUGGUGUUCCCAGAACCCCGCCCUGGGGACCCGGGGACCAGCGGAUGUCCGGGGACCCGUGGGGACCCGUAGGGACCUGUUAGGUGGGCCGGGGAGGGGAGGGGACGCUGGUGGAAGAGCGGUCUGAGGAGAAAGCUGCGGGUCUGAGGAGGAGGCAGCAGUGUCCAAGAUGAAUGAUAAUCUGUUUGUCAGUUUGGACAGGCUUUUGUUGGAAUUUGUUUUCCAGUAUGAGCAAGACAUAAGUAUUAAAGAAGAUACGAUUCAAAGAAUUAAUAAAUGCCUUGAAAGUAUUAAAGAAAAUAAAGCAAAUGUUUCUAAGCUACGUGAAGCUAUAAACAAAGUAGAUGAGGACAUUGCUUUUCACUAUAAACAUAGUAAAGAAAUCAAAGACAGCUGUAGUAACUGGAAGCCAACAUGUGAUGUUUUUCAUAAACAUGAAGAUUAUAUAAAAGACCAGCUUACUGCUUACCAAGAAACCAAUGAGAAAGACAAAAAAAUGUAUCAUGAUUAUAUAUGUCAGUAUGAAGAUGUUUUGAAACAAUACCAACUAAAAUACUCAGAAACACGUUUUUCAUGUAAAUAUUAUGAGAAGAAAAAAGAACAUGAAGAAAUUAAAAAUAGAGUGUUGGCAUGUACUGAACAACUACAAUUGAAUGAAACUAUUCUUAUGAAAUUUCUAGUGCCUGCUCCUUUCCCAUCUCUGACUAAAUGGACAUUAUACGUAGUUAAUUUGAGAUACAGAACACAAGAUAUUCUUAAACGUGCCAACAAUUUUACCAAAAGAUCAUUUGAAUUGGAGAAAGAAGCAGAUGAUAUGGAAAUAGAAAUUAAUUCUUUAAAUAAGCAGAUGGCAAGACUUUUUGAAAGUAAAACAUUUUCAGAAGCUCUAGACGAAAAGAACAAAAAUACAGAAAAGAGAAAAGAAUUUGAAGAGAGGUAUAGAAUUUUUGAAAAAGAUGAGCAAGUAUCAAACAGAAGCUCUCAAAAUAGCCAAUUGUUACUGCCAUGUGAGUCUCAGAAAUUUGUAAGAAAUAUGAAUUCUUCAGAAGCAAGAGUUACAGAUAAAAAAGAAGAAAGUUCAGCCAAUCAGUCAAAGUUUGUUAGAAGUGAUGUGAGACAAAAAGAAAAUAAUCCACAGAUAUUUAAUGACUCUGGUAUGGAUAGUAAUUCAAAAUCUUCACAUAUUCCAGCUGUUAAAAGUUCACAAGGUUUUAUGCAAUUCAGAUUGAAUCAACCAAAUUACAAUCAACGGAUUGAAAAAGAACAUAUAGAUGCUGAAUGUGGAGAUAAAGAGACAGUAAGACAAGUAAGAGAAUCAAAAUGUAGUACACAGGCCCUAUACAUUGAACACUUUGGAAAGUCCAUAGAAAAUAAUAGUGUUGAAGAGGAAAGAGAUGAGAAUUUUCCUCAAACUCCUGAAACUCCUUCAUUUCUAAGAACUCCUGAAGCGCUGAAGACACCUGAAUCUAUGGAGAAAAUGCAGUUCCCUAAAAGCCCCUUCUUUGAAAUAACUAAAAAUGCAACAUCUGAAGGACAUAAACAAAAGGAUUCUCCUGGAUUUUCAUUUCUUAUGAGUUACACCUCUAGAUCACCUGGACUAAAUUUAUUUGAUUCUUCUGUAUCUGAUUCAGAAAUCUCAUCGGAUCAGUUUAAUGAACAUUACUCUGCGGUAAAUCUAAAUCCUUCUUCAUCACAACAAGGAAUUGGAAACUUAUUUGGAAAAUCAGAAGGAGAAGAUGCCUUCACAUUUUCUUUUUCAUCAGACUCUUCUCACACAUUUGGAGCUGGAAAAGAUGACUUUAGUUUUCCAUUUUCUUUUGAACAGGAUCCAAGCACAAUGACUUCUUCUUCCUCAAAAGAUUUUUCAUCCUCACAAAAUAAAACACAAUUUAUGUUUUUUUGAGUUAUUAUUUUUGAACUAUUUAAUGCUAUUUAACUAUUUGAACUAUUUAAUAUCUGUAAAAUUUUGUAUUAUCACUGAAUGUAAGAUAUAUUUUUGUCAAUUAAAGUAGAAAUUGUUCCUAUAGUUGAAUUAUUUGAUUGAAGUUAUUUAAAUAUUGAGUAUUUUAUUUUUGUGACACUAGCUGAUCAGUAUUUAUUUUGAUUUUGACUUGUAGGCCCUAUUAAACAAUCUCUUUAUCUUAGAAAUGUCAAUACUUCUUUCAUAAAUUCUUUAAUAAUUUUAAGUCUAUUUCUCCCUGGAAUUUGAAUUUCAGUUUUGUAGUACUUUAGUUAUUUUGAUAAUAACAAGAGUACUUUCAAACUAUCAGAAGACCUUUUUAUGAUAACUGUGCAGAAUUAAUACUUUUGCCAUGAAAAAAUUUGAAAUCGCUGGGCGUGGUGGCACACACCUUUAAUUCCAGCACUUGGGAGGCAGAGGCAGGUGGAUUCCUGAGUUCGAGGCCAGCCUGGUCUACAGAGUGAGUUCCAGGACAGCCAGGGCUACACAGAGAAACCCUGUUUCGAAAAAAAAAAAUUGAAAUCACUGGGUUUUAGUUAUGCUUUAUUUGGUAGAAUGCAGAAUGGUAUUCUGAUUAUAAUUUUUAAAAAUUCAUGUCAAUGACAUUACAGUUUGUUAUUUUCUUUUAAAUACAACAGUAAAAUUAACAGUUUUGUUAAUUAUGUUAGUAUGUCUUUAAGAAAGUGAAAGUGAGAAAGACUAAUAUUUGAAGAUUGUAUUGUUAUAUCACUGGUUGCCCUGGUUAAACCUUUUUUGAAGAAUAAAAUUUUUUUGUUUUUCAUCUUCAACAGGGAACAUUUAAUGUUAACAUUUUUAUAUUUUGUUUCACAUUUAUAUUUCAUGUUUGUUUUUUAUAUUCUAUAUUUGUUAAUUAUAUAGCUUCAAUUAAGAUAUUAAAAUCUGAUGAAAUAUAUAUUGCUUAAUUUUUAUUAAGCUUUUCAAAUUGAGUUAUCAAGUAAUAAAAAGAGUAUGACUGCA